CCAACUCUACUUCUUGCUCCCUGUUUCUUCAUACAAUCCCACAUUUCGCUUCAAAGAUCAAGAUUCGCAACUCAAGAAAACAAAAUCUUUAGCGGUGUUUCAGUUCUUGCGAAUAUGAAAACUCGACCGCCAUUACUAUUUGCUUUUCUGUUAACGUUAUUGGUUUUACACGCGGAAGCCAAAUCCAUUGAUCCUUACAAGGUACUAGGCGUGGAGAAAAGCGCGAGCCAACGAGAGGUUCAGAAAGCUUUUCACAAGCUCUCCCUUAAAUACCACCCUGACAAGAAUAAAAGUAAAGGAGCACAAGAGAAGUUUGCUGAGAUCAACAACGCGUACGACAUUUUAUCAGACGAGGAAAAGAGAAAAAACUAUGAUAUGUAUGGGGAUGAAAAAGGUGGGCCUGGACAAAGUGGGUUUACAUCUGGACCAGGUGGAUGGCAGCAUAUGGGUGGGGACGGAAGUUCCCAAACUUUCUCAUUUUCCUUUGGCGGCCCUAGUGGAUCACGCUUCUUUGGUGGAUCAAGUUUCUUUGGCUUUGAUUAUAAUGAUAUUUUCUCUAGCUUCUUUGGGGGUGGUAUGAACCAUCAGGGUCCAUUUGGCGGUUUCAGUGGUUCAAGCAGGUCUCAGUCUCAAUCCAGGAAUUCACGUAAGAGCAUCAGAGCAAUAAGUUCUGAUGUCUUCAAAAAAGAAAUAUCUGACAAAGGGAUGACUUGGCUUUUAUUAUCUUAUACACCAGCGUUGCAGCAGGGGAAACAGCAUUAUGAAUCUAUCAUAGACGAGGUGGCCGGUUUAUUGCAAGGAGCUAUAAAGGUUGGGAGAAUAAAUUGUGAAACUGAGUAUUCUUUAUGUAAGGAUCUUGGUAUGCAUCCAGGGAGAGCUCUAAGGUUGUUUGUUUAUUCAUACAAAAGAAAUGAGAAGGGUACUCUGGAAGAAUACAAGGGUGAUUUGGUCGCUAAGAAUGUCAAAACAUUUUGCCAAGAUCAUUUACCAAGGUUUUCACGAAGGCUUAGCUUAAAUCAUUUGGACUUGUCUUCUAGUAAUUUAGAAAAAUACCCAAGGGUGAUACUCCUUUCUACCAAAAAGGACACUCCUGUUAUCUGGCGUGCUCUCAGUGGCUUGUAUUAUAGAAGAUUCUCUUUCUAUGAUGCAGAGGUUCAUGAUGUUUCUGAACCAGCAGCAAAGCAGUUAGGUGUUGAUGCACUUCCGGCUAUAAUCGGAUGGCUGCCCAAUGGUGAGAGGCACAUUCUAAAAUCUGGUAUUUCUGUAAAGGAUUUGAAGUCUGCAAUCAAAGAUCUCAGCCUGUUGCUUGAUAGUUUUGAAAAGAAGAAUAAAAAGGUAGCUUCAUCUCAGGCUAGCAAGAAUCAGAAAGAUUCUGCACAGAGAAAGUUACCAUUGUUGACAGCAUCGAACUCUGACGCUCUUUGUGGGGAUAAAACUCCGGUCUGCAUCAUAGGUGCAUUCCGAUCAUCCAGAGCUAGGGAGAAGCUGGAGUCCCUUUUAUCUAAGGUUUCACAGAAAUCAUUAACAAGGGGACCGAAUGUGGCCUCGGGUUCUAGGGAUUCAGUAUCCUACAUCUUCUUAGAUGCUACCAAGCAACCAUUAUUUUUAUGUGCAUUCGAUAAAUCUGGAUAUAAAUCAUCAGAUAACAUCCUGGUGGCCUUCAAACCUCGGAAAGGGAAGUUUGCAGCAUUUUCAGGUGACAUGACCGUGGAAGAGGUAGAGAAAUUCAUAAGCUCUGUUCUUAAUGGAGACAUACAAUUUACAAAGACAAGACAGAAGCCUGUUCUCAAGUGAUUCAAACAUAAUGGUUUAUGAAGACAGGCUCUGGUUUUUGAACAUCAAGGUCAUUGAACUCAUAAACUUCUGAACAACAGAAAGAAUACAAAUACCUUGGAUUCAGCCAACAUGGCAUCAUGGUUCGUAUCUGUUUUAUGAGUCAAGGAACAUGGGCAUCAUCAAAGUGGCAUUUACAAAAAGCAGUGUUUGUACUUGGACUGGAAAAUCAGGGAUACCAUGGGACAUUCUUUUAUGAUUAGUUCGACAGCAAGUGCAACAGCUUAAAAUUGAUACGAUUGUUUGAUCUACUUUCCCAGAAUUUCUGAUAGAGUGGCUCAUUGGGAAGAGGUUAAUUCCUAGCUUAGAAUGGAAUUAUUUCGGGAGAAAGAUUGUAUAAACUCAAGAUAUAGACAUAGCACAUUUAUAUCAAUACAUAUACAUGGACGUAUCAUCGAUACCAUUAACAUCCGUCCAAUAAUGCUAAACCAAAUCUAAUGAGAUCAGCAACAUUUAAUAUGAA